CUCUCUCUCUCUCUCUCUCUCACUGUCUCUGUCGCUCUAUCACUCUUCCUUUCUACGUCGCAGUCGUUGCUAAUCAGCUGUUUAUUUAUUUGUUUCAUUAACAAUUUGCUUGAAUUAACUGCCAACAACUCGUACACAACAUCAACAACAACAACAACAACACAUACAAACAACAACUACAACAUGCAACACUGUGUCCCACCUAUUUAGUCCUCCACUUUGGCCAGCGCCAGCGCCCACGAUGAGCUCGGCAACCUGCUCUGGCAGCAGCAGGCGAGCGAGUUCGUCGAGCAGUACCCCUGCCCGUUGCCGCCCAUACGCCACUGCCACGCCCACACGCACGGGCACCGGCCGCACAGUGUGGGCGAGCUGCUGUCGCCCGAGCAGCGCCACCAGCGCGACCUCUUCAGCGGCGACCUGGGCAUCCCGGAGAUCCAGACGCACGUGGGCAGCAUGGUGCACACGUUCGAGACGCUGGCGCUGCAGCGGCGCCUGGCCGAGGCCGAGCAGGAGCGAGACCGCGAGCAGAGUAAGUAUGAGCUGCGCGCGAGCAGCCACAGCAUUAGCAACCACAAGAGCAGCAGCGAUGCCAAGUACAGCCAGGUGAAGCGCAGGUCGCAGGAGCUGCGCCAGCGCCUGCAGCAUAUGCAGCGGCAAAAGCAGAAGCUUCAAGCACAGGCCCAGGCUCAGGCCCAGGCACAGGCACAGUCACAAUCACAGCAUCAAAAUCAGAAUCAGACUCAGACUCAGAGUCUACAUUAUCAUCGUCAUCGGCAUGGCCAGUGCCCACUAACCGCACCCGCACCCGCACCCGGCAAGCUCAUCAACAGCUGCAGCACCCACAGCCUGGCCAGCCAGUUGGCCACGCUGCCACGCCCAGCAGCGCCGCCCACGGGGGCACACUCCAGCGAGCAGCUGCGGCAGCCGUACGACGACUAUCGCAAGAACCUGUUCGGCAGUCGGGUGAGCAGCGCGGAGGAGCUGCAGGACGAGACGUACAUUGUGAACGCGGCCUUUGACGAGAUAUUUGCCAACUACCAGGACGAUGACGAGGAGCAGGAGGCGCAGCAGAAGGCGCGGAACAACACGCUGCAGGAGACGAGUCGCAGCUGCACCAACAGCAACACGAUUACGAACACGGAUGACCUCUUCGAUGACGAGCACAUGCUGGUCAGCCUCAGCGAGCUGGACGACGAUGUCUUUGCAAGUCGCGCGCAAACUGCCUCCACCACGCCCACCACGGCCGGCGCCGGUCGCACGCCGAAGCACAGCCAGAAGUACGCGGCGCCAGCGCCGCCGAUGCUGCAGCAGCGCUCCAGCACUCUGACCAAUCUCUUUGAGCGCUUCAAGGGCAGUAGCUCCGCAGCGGGCACCGUCAACAAGACCCACUCCGAGCAGCAGCUGCAGCCUUUGCCGGCCGGCUCGGCAGCCGCCAAGCUGCACAAAUACGCCGGACAGCCGGCGCUGAACGAGGAGCCGGACUUCAAUCGUGGCUCUACGUUGAGCCAGUCCUUUGUGCGCCAGCUGAAGCGGGUGUCCUACAAGCAGAAGCGCGCACCACCUGCCCCGCCGCCCAAGCCGCGCCCCAAUGUGGCCCAUGUGACGCCACUGCGCAACGCCCUGAUCUUUCCCAAGCGCUCAAAGUCCUCCAACGAGCUGCUGCUCGACGACCUGAAUGUGCAGGCGCGUAAGUAUUUCCGGCGGUCCGAGCACAGCGCCGCGGUCUAAGGACCCACCAGGAACGUCUCGAAAAGCAGCUGCACCGUCUCUCACCCAAUUUGCUCACCUGCUAACCACAGCCAUUCUAUACGCAUCUGAAUACCCUUUCCAAGCCAAUCGAAUUUUAAUAAAUUUUCUAUUGAUUCAAUUUUUGGUAGAGGCGACGCUUCUAUAGGCUAAGUGUACCCGCCCCCCUCUAAUGACCCAUGAUAGCGAUACCGAUACCAAAAACGAUAACGAUAACGAUAACGAGCUCGAUACCGAUCAAGCUACCAUCUAACUGUAAGCCGGAGUCAGCGUAGUCAACCCGCCGUCGCAAGCUAACAAUCGAAAGGAAAGACAGUACGGUUCUCUUAGCGUGGAACGGCUAGAACGAGCCCAAAGAGAUUUGCGCCAUAAUUGGAUUGAUUCUCAAUAUUUCAGCACUCUUAAUUGAGUAAAUUACCAUAAUAACAUUAAGUACUUACAAUAUUUAUACUCAUUAUUACGUUUAUGCAAAGCGAACAAGGCAAAACCAAAAGAAAACAGAUUAAAGUUGUAUUUGUAAGUCCUCAGCUUAUACAUACAUACAUAUAUAUAAAUAUAUAUUUACAUAUGCGAAUCAAAAUACUAUAUAGCAAAGUGCAAAGCCCAGAAAUCAUUAACAAAUUAUAUAUUCAUGUAAAAAUGGAAAACUUUCAAAUCAAGUAAAAGUUGUGCCCUCAAAACUUAUGC